AUGGGCUCAAUCGCAGUCGAGGAACUUUUAAAGGAAAGGAAGCCAUCGGCUAGCACAUCCCGCGCUCCUAUGAAAGCUAUUCCCCAUUCGCAGGAUGUUUCUCCUAUUGCAAUUGUUGGCAUGGGCAUGAGACUCCCGGGUGGUAUCACCUCUGCAGAAGAGUUUUGGGACUUUUUGGUUUCAAAGGGAGAUGCGCGUAGUAAGAUACCAGAAUCGCGUUUCAACAUUGAUGCUUUUUAUAAUAGCUCGAAGCCUGGCUCUGUCAGGACCCAGUAUGGCUAUUUUUUAAAUCAAGAUCUGGCUCACAUAGAUGCGCCAUUCUUUUCUAUGGGGAAAUACGAGGCUGAAAGGCUGGAUCCCCAGCAAAGACUGCUACUUGAAGUGGUAUGGGAAUGUUUAGAGUCUGCCGGCGUAACCGGCUGGCGUGGAAAGGAUAUUGGCUGCUUUGUUGGCUCUUUCGGGGAAGACUGGCUUGACAUGUCAAGUAAAGAUACCCAGGACAUUAACAGAGUCAGAGCUAUCGGCACUGGAGAUUUUGCGCUCGCAAAUAGAGUCUCCUAUGAGUAUGACCUCAAAGGACCAAGUAUAACGUUUCGAACUGCUUGCUCAGCCGCUAUGGUUGCUCUACAUAAAGCAUGCCUCUCUCUUUACUCAGGAGAAUGCUCAGCUGCGAUUGUCGCAGGAACUAACCUUGCUCUGGCCCCGACGAUGGCAACUACAAUGUCCGACAACUUUGUUCUUUCGCCUAGUGGAAUUUGUCGAUCCUUCGACGCUGACGCUGAUGGAUACGGACGGGGUGAAGCUAUAAGUGCACUUUAUAUUAAGAGAUUUGAAGAUGCAGUUAGAGAUGGAGAUCCUAUUCGUGCUGUCAUUCGCUCUACCGCGACUAACUGCGAUGGUAAAACACCUAAUAUUUCGAUGCCUGGUGCAGAAACCCAAGAAAGCCUCAUACAUCAGGCCUAUAGUCGAGCAAAGAUACCUGAUCUUUCUGAAACAGCUUUUCUUGAGUGCCACGGCACUGGAACCGUCAUGGGAGACACCACUGAAUUAACAGCUGUUGCAAAAGUUUUUGGAGGAAAAGGAAUAUAUAUUGGGUCGGUCAAACCUAACAUCGGGCACUCUGAAGGCGCCUCAGGAAUUACAAGCAUCAUCAAGGCUACCUUGGCCCUUGAGAAUAAGACUAUACCCCCAAAUAUCCAUUUCAAUAACCCAAAUCCGAAGGUGCCCUUUGAUAGUGCCCGGCUCCAAGUACCUCUAGAGCCAACUACUUGGCCCCACGACCGAAGUGAACGUGUCAGCAUCAAUUGCUUUGGGGUUGGCGGCACAAACGUGCACGUUAUAAUUGAUUCGGCUGCGUCAUUCGCUGCUGCGAAUAGCGAGCAUUUAGAGAGACCUGCGCCGCAAAAUAAGUCAAGACUUCUUGUUCUGUCAGCAAAUUCUCAGAAUUCGCUUCAACGACGGAUCGAAAAUUUGAAGGCUUAUGUAGAAAGUCGGCCGGGGGUGUCAAAUGAUAUAUGCUUUAAUUUGGGGACUAGGAGGGAACAUAUGAAGUACCGAGCAUUUACAAUUCUUGAGCAAGAAGGAAGUAUUGAUACUGCGGGCUUUGAAACAUCUCAAUCUACCAAGUCGCGUAGUAUGGUUUUCGUCUUCACAGGCCAAGGCGCACAAUGGGUCGGUAUGGGCAAAGAACUACUGCUUGAGUUCGAUACUUUCCAGAAGGAUAUCAAAGCUAUGGAUACGGCCUUACAAAUGCUGAAAAACCCCCCAUGUUGGAGGAUAGAAGAUGAGCUGUUGGGAUCCAGUGAGGAUUCCAGGAUUAACAAGCCUGAAUUUGCGCAGCCACUUUGUACAGCUGUGCAAAUUGCUCUGUCGAAUCUAUUAGUACUCUGGGGUUUUUUGCCCACUGGUGUGAUCGGUCAUUCAAGCGGCGAGAUUGCCGCUGCCCACUCUGCCGGCGCCAUUACCAUGGAGACUGCCAUCAUCAUUUCCUACUAUCGUGGGCAGGUGACAAAAUCAAUUUCUGAAAACGAUGCCACACCUCAAGGCGGAAUGGCUGCUGUUGGGCUUAGCCCGGAGAAAGCCAAACGCUAUCUUGUUGAUGGCGUGGUUAUUGCGUGUGUAAAUAGCCCACAAAACGUGACUCUUUCUGGUGACAGCGAUAAACUUGACAGGGUCAUUGCCGGGAUUCAAUCAACUGGAGAUGAUAUCUUUUGUCGGCGUCUUCGCGUCGGAGUUGCGUAUCAUUCUCAUCAUAUGCAAGGCUUGACUGGGCUAUAUCAAGACCUUAUUGGGCCACAUAUCACCUCUAAGGACAACAUGAUUCCAUUCUACUCCAGUGUGACGGGAAAUAUCAUUAUUGAACCCAUUCAGCUAGAUGUAAAAUAUUGGGCUGAAAAUUUAUCAUCUACUGUUCUAUUUUCAACAGCGGUUGGAACCUACCUUGAGAAGAAUGGUGGCGAUGCGUUGUUCCUGGAAAUUGGUCCUCAUUCUGCUCUUUCCGGGCCUCUUAGGCAGAUCUUCGACGGCCAUCAAGCAAAGCUGAAUGUCACCUAUAUACCUACUCUCAUUCGAGGUGAAGGUCAGAGAAGAAGCCUGUUGACUGCAGCAGGGAGGGCUUACAUGAACGGUAGUUCUAUUAGUUUCUCAGAAAUUAAUGGCCCUGGGAGGGUGCUCACCGAUCUCCCAAAAUAUCCCUGGCAACACGACGUGAGAUACUGGGGGGAGAACGUAAUCUCCCAAAGAUGGAGAAGUCGACAGCACCCACACCAUGAGAUCCUGGGCUCGCGUGUUUACGAGACAAGCGACAUAGAACCUACUUGGAGAAACUUGCUAUACGUGGAGCACACUCCUUGGAUUUGGGAGCAUAGGUUAAAUAAGGAGAUUGUAUUUCCUUGUGCUGGUUACAUCGCCAUGAUCGGUGAAGCUAUCUACCAAAUUUCUGGGUCUUAUGCAUAUUCAAUCAGGAACUUGUUUAUGAAGAGAGCUCUCAUAUUGGAAGGUUCUAAUGUCCUGGAGCUUGUCACUAGCCUGAGACCUGUGCGGCUUACGGAUAGUGCUGAUUCCAAAUGGUACGAAUUCACCAUCAGCUCCUGUAACGACAAUACCUGGCGAAAGCACUGUACAGGCCGUGUGAUCCCUGGUGACGUUGAAGUAUGUCAAUUUAAAGACCAUAAAGGUCCAUUCAUCAGACAAGUACAGGCAGACCAGUGGUACUCCGCACUGGCAAAUCGAGGCCUGCAUUAUGGCCCUCGGUUCAGGGGCCUCGAGAACAUUACUGCGGAUCCCAUUGACUACCAAGCCACUGCGUCUAUAGCUGACGAUGAGAAUCUACAUGAGAGCCACUACUCACUACACCCAUCAACCAUUGACCAAUGCUUACAGCUUUUUAGCGUAGCUUUCACGCAUGGUAUAUCUCGUCAAAUGACCAAACUCAGUAUCCCUGUGUCUAUUGAGAAACUUCACGUCAGCGCAGGAGGUCUAUCUAUGGCUGUCCACGCUCAAGGCACUGGAAGAUCUAGUAGUACGGCAAAUGGACGUGUGGUUGUGACAUUAGAUAAUAAAGCUGUACUGUGGAUGGAGGGAGCCCAGUUCUUUACAGUGGACGAGGAAGAUACAAGCUCACCAAGUAGACGCUUGAUAUCACGAUGCGAGUGGAAACCGAUUGCCCAAUCAUGUUCCGUUGCGACCUUGUCGGGCUCAGUCCCCAGGCCAUCAACCGUACACUCUCGCCGGAUAGUAGGGCAGUUUACAAAUCUAUUGAUUCUCGAGUGUUUCCAUCGAAUAAAACACCUCAAAGCCGAAUCUCCACACCUAGUCAAAUAUCAGGGGUGGAUUAUAUCCCAGACAGAUCGUCUUAGUAAAGGGCUGGAUGAACUAUUCCCUGAAACUUCUCCCUGGGCAGCAGCUUCUUCUGAAGCCCGCCUGACUGCAAUGGAGUCGCUAGCGCGAGAAUUGGAGGUUGAAUCUCCAAGGGACAUGCCGCUCAUUGAUAUCUCCAAAACUCUUCUUGAUCGUUGCCCUCAAAUAAUUGAAGGCAAAGUAGGUUCGCUGGAAGUUCUCAUGGAGAAUGAUAGAAUCAAGGACGUAUACAAUAAUUUGUGUUGGACGUCCGGUUGGUCCGAUUUUUUCUCUCUACUUAGUCACUGGAACCCAAGUUUGAGAGUAUUGGAGAUAGGCGGUGGAGUAGGAUCUACUACGGCAACAAUGCUACUCCACCUAGCACCUGCAGGAAGGACUCGUAUGUAUUCCAAGUAUACGUUUACUGACAUAUCCCCUGGAGUGCUACCGUUAGCAAAAGAGAAGUUUAAAGACUUCGAAGAAAUAGAAUAUUCCGUGCUUGACAUCAGCAAGGAUCCGACAAAGCAAGGCUAUAGACCAGAGAGUUUUGAUCUCAUUAUUGCUUCGAACGUCCUCCACGCAACUCCAUGUCUAAGUGAGACUUUAGAGUACAUACGCAUGCUAUUGGUCCCUGGAGGUGGCCUUGUACUGGAGGAACUUUGCCCAGCCAUACCCAUCUUCAAUUUUAUCAUGGGUGUCCUUCCAGGUUGGUGGCUAGGAGGUGAAGAUGACCGAGAGGAUACCCCCCUUGUAAAUCCUGAGCGAUGGGACCGGGAACUCCAGAAGACUGGAUUCAAUGGGGCAGAAGCAGUGAUUUAUGACUGUGAGCAACCGUAUCACUAUGGCGCUGGUAUAUGGUCGCGGCGUGCAGAUAUAGCCCCGGUCAAAGGAGACAUAUAUCUUCUUCAUCGUCCCAUGGUUCAUGAAUGGGCGUAUAUAGCAGAGGCACAGCUUGCUCAAGGGGGCUACACGGUACAUUGGUGUACCCUGGACCAACUUCCCGCGGACCAGAUCAUAAUUUCACUCCUUGACUUAGGUGGCCCAUUUUUCGACAAAAUCUCUGAAGGAAACUUCCGCGUCUUCCAAAAAGCUAUAUCAACUACAACUAAUUGUCGGAUAAUAUGGGUAACACGAGGAAGUCAGCUUGAGUGUUCAGACCCUCGAUAUGGUUUAGUUCUUGGUCUGGCUCGUACGCUUAGAUUCGAGAUGAAUGUGGAUUUUUCCACGUUCGAAGUUGAUAAGUUUAAUGAAAAGAAUGCUACCGCCCUCUGUGAUCUGCUUAAGGAAAUGCAAAUAUUCCGCGACAAACCAUGGCUGGACCAAGAUUAUGAAUUCGCUGUACGUGAUGGGGUUAUUCAUAUCGGCAGAUUCCAUUGGACGCCUCUGGAUGAGGAAAUGACCACGACCAACAAGCCCAAUAUGUCCAAAGGUCUACAUAUUGGAACCUAUGGUCUCUUGAAUUCUUUAUCCUGGGUUGAAUACGAAGAGCCUUCAGUUGGGGAAAACGAUGUGAUGGUGGAGAUAAAAUACACUGGGCUUAAUUUUAGGGACAUUAUGGUGACGUUGGGUGCCCUGGGUGACACAAGUGAGAUUGGAUAUGAGAGCUCUGGAACUAUUUUCAAAGUUGGUUCAAACGUCAAGAACUUGCGUGUUGGCCAAAGGAUUUUAGCUCUGGGUAUCGGUCUUCUUCGUACCAGAAAAGUGAUACCUGCAAAGUGCUGUGUCCCAAUCCCCGAUGAAUUGUCCCUAGAAGAUGCAGCGACAAUGACUUCGGUAUAUGCUACCGUAAUACUCUCCCUAAUACGGCUUGGAAAUCUUCAAAAAAACCAGUCUAUACUAAUCCACUCUGCAUGUGGCGGUGUUGGUUUGGCAGCAGUCCACCUUUCUCGAACCAUUGGGGCAGAGAUCUACGCAACUGUUGGAAACGAACAGAAACGAAAGUACCUUGUAGAGAACCAUCAAAUUCCAGAAGAUCAUAUAUUUGAUUCAAGGAGUGUCUCAUUCUUCGACGAUGUUAUGCGACAUACCAAUGGUAGGGGAGUCGAUCUUGUCCUGAAUUCUCUCUCUGGCGAAUUGUUGCAUGCUUCGUGGCGAUGUGUUGCCGAGUUCGGUCGGAUGAUUGAACUAGGGAAGAGAGACAUCAUAGGCCAUGCACAGCUGAAUAUGGAUGGAUUCUCUGGAAACAGGGCAUAUUUCGGAGUUGACCUAUUCCGACUCGGCGAGACAGACGCGACUAUGUUUGGACAGCUAUGCCGAGACGUUAUUGAGUUUUACCAACAAGGAAAAAUCCAGCCAAUACAGCCAACGACGAUAUAUGAGGCUACGGACGUCAUUAGUGCCUUCAGGUACAUGCAGACCGGGAAACAUAUGGGCAAGAUCAUCAUAAAAAUGCCAGAGGAUCCAGCAGAAUUACCAGUCGCAAAAAGCAACUUAGACCUUUCUCUAUCCCCAGGAGGGUCCUACUUACUAGCAGGCGGACUUGGCGGACUUGGUCGUCCUAUUACGACUUGGAUGAUUGAAAAGGGAGCCCGGAAUUUCAUAUUCUUGUCGCGAUCAGCAGGAGAAUCUGAUUCAGACAAAGCUUUCCUGCGCGAACUGGCUGCCCAAGGGUGUAUAGCUACCAUAGUGAAGGGAAAUGUAGCCGAACUAGACGAUGUCAAACGGGUAGCUACCGCUAGCCCAAAUCCAGUUGUUGGCAUUAUCAACUUGGCCAUGGUACUGAGGGACGAAGCCUUUGAAAAAAUGACCUAUGAUGACUGGAAUGCUACGCUCGCGCCCAAAGUCCAAGGAACAUGGAAUUUACAUAACGUCUUCAAGGACCUUUCCCUAGAUUUUUUCAUCCUCAUCAGCUCUAUAUCUGGUCUAGGAGGUAACUCUGGCCAGGCAAACUAUAAUGCAGCGAACACCUUCCUUGAUACUUUCGUCCGCUAUCGCAAAUCUAUGAAUCUGCCAGCCUGGGCUAUUGACGUUGGAGCUAUGCAGGAAAUUGGCCAUCUUAGCCAGGAUAAAAGACUGUUGAAGAAGGCACUUGCCAGCUCAGUGGAAAUGCCGGAUGAAUCCUAUCUCGUCGAUGCUUUGCAGGUAGCCAUGUUGAAGUCAAAGGGGUCUGAGUCAGGCCAAUUUGCUAUAGGACUGGGUACAUCGAAACCUCCUCCUGAUAGUGGUAACCACCCAUUAUGGCCAAGAGAUGCUCGAUUUACCGUUAAUAAAAACCUCCAGUGGAAAUCUGACAAGGCAAGCACUACUACCAUUGUAGACCUCAGAAGCUUCGUUGAAGACAUCAAGAAGGACCCUAGCAUCUUAGACUCACCGGAGAGUAAGAAAAGAAUCGCAAAGGAACUGAGGGUACUGAUAGGCCCGCGUGCGGGACUUGGUGAAAAUGCAGACGACGAGGAGAUUGAUAACAUUGCAAUCGACUCUUUGAUGUCUAUCGAGAUCAGAAGCUGGUUCCGCCGGAAUUUAUCGUUGGACGUAUCACUGAUUGAAAUCUCAAAUGCAAAGACCGUCGGAGGGCUCACAGCGAUUACCCUGAAUGCAUUGCGCUGUAAGUAUCAGUCGAAAUCCACCGAAGCUGAUGGGAAGGAUCGCGGGAUAUCUACGAGCGAAACCCCUGAUGAGGGAACAUUGAAAAACGAUAUACUCUUGGGAAUUGGAUUACAACCUAUCCCAGGGCCGACCAUUGACUGGAAAUGCGAGUCUGAGGGCCGGAUAUUCUUAACAGGUGCUACCGGUUUUGUUGGUGCGUGGAUGCUAGCAUCACUCCUUGAACGGCCCUACGUUAAACUUGUUGCCUGUCUUGUACGAGCAAAGGAUGAAAAUGCUGGCCUGGAACGCAUCAAGGAGACUUUCAAGAAAUAUGGGAUUGAAUGGAAAUGUAAUGAGAAGCUGGCAGUCAUUCCGGGAGAUAUAUCCAAGCCAAAAUUGGGUCUUGAAAGGGCUAAGUUUGAUGAGUUGUCAGCCAGGACAAGUGCUGUCUUUCAUAUUGCUGCGCUGUCAAAUUUUCUAGACCCUUAUUCCGCUCAUCGGGAGGCAAACGUUAUUGGAACUUUCAACAUGCUUCAAUUUGCGACCAACAAGCGGCCAAUAACUUUCCAUCAUAGCUCCAGUUUGUCUGCAUGUGGGCUAAAUGCAUAUCUCGGCAGGCAGCACAUUUUAGAAGAUCAAAAACCGGAGGUUGAUCUUAAGAAGACUGGCCACCAUAUCGGAUACUCAUACAGCAAGUACACUUCUGAGAUGGUCUUAUGGAAUGCCAUAUCGAACGGAGUGCCUGCGUCUAUUUAUCGCUUCAGCAUGGUUCUGGGGCAUAGUGUUACUGGUAUUGGGAACGGUGACGAUGCCACCUCGAGAAUGAUGUCCAGCUGCAUACAAAUUGGCAGCUAUCCCAUUGCUCCCAAACAACGCAACCAAUUUGUUCCAGUGGACUUUGCUGUUUCGUGCAUGCUGGAGAUUUCCACAUCCCUGGAGAAUACCGGCCAUGCGUACAAUGUGAUACAACCAGAGCAGGAGAAACUGGUUGAUCUUCCGGCGACUUUUGACAUGUUAAGACAAUGCUGCUCCUCACCGCUACGGCCUGUUCCGUACGAGGACUGGCUUCAAUCGCUUGCAAAGUGUCGAGCUGGUAGGAUGAGCGCCUUUCUUCCAGAGAUGGAGGAUAAAGAGUUCGAACGCCACGACAUCUGGCAGAAUAUUCAUGCAGGCGAGCAUCGUUACGGUACUGAUAACCUGCGCCGGGCCCUUGCACAUCGUCCAGAGAUGCUACAGCUUCCUUCUAUGGACAAGCUCAUGAAGAUAUGGUCGGCUCAAUGGAUCAAGCAGGCUACCAGAAGGGAGCAAAUAUCUCUUGCGUAG